ACGCGCCCUGCUGACCAGUCCGUAUCGAGACCAUACGGGAAGGUACAGAGGUGGUUCGGUAACCGUUGUUCAGGAACCCCAGGACGUUUCUUCGCUUGUGUUUUUAUUUAUUUAAAUGUUUAAAGGCUCUUGAACUCGUGAAAUACUCUGCUGUUUCAUUAAAAUGCCUCUGCUUGAUGAAUUAGGGAGGUUAAGUGGCGUUUUUCUAGCCGUUUUACUUCGAUUUACUUUUCAAGGUGCACACUGUGAACUGGUGGUUUCUCCUGCUGGUCCUACUCAGGUGAAUGCAAUAGUUGGCAGCAACUUGACUCUGGCUGUGUCCUUCAGUGGUGCCCCUGACCCAGUGGUUAUCUGGUUAAUGGGAGAUUUACCUGUUGUCACAUGGACUAUUGGCUCCAGUGUUCCCCCAGACAUACCUGAAAACAUGAGGAAGGUGCUGAAGGUUGAACAAAAUGGAUCCCUUACUUUUGUAAAUGUGUCGCUUGGGUUUGCCAGUAACUACACCGUUAAAAUGACCAAGUCUGGAGUGGGCAAUGCUGUGUUGAGUUUCACCCUGAAAGUAUUUGAAAACAUCCAGAAUGUGACGCUCAGUACGCAGCCUGACUUUGCCAAAGAGGGAACUGAUCUGUUCAUCCUGCAGUAUAGCAUGUUGCAAGGAGUGGUUGAGCACCAGAUGUGGUUCUUCAAUGACAUACCUAUAAAAACUAACUCGCACUACUUGAUGGAGCCAAGGAGCCUUGUGAUCCUCCGACCAAACCGAAGUGACGCAGGACAGUACACUGUGUUACUGACAAACCCCUUCAGCAGUGUGACAACUCACAUCAAUGUCACUGUGCUGUAUGGACCAGAUGAGCCUGUGCUUGAGGCCCAUCCAGCUCAGCCUUUCUAUGUAGCAGAGGACUCUCUGAGCCUCUCCUGCCAUGCUGAGGGAUUCCCGCAGCCAACUGUACAGUGGGACUUUGGUGGUCAGAUGCUUUCUGAUACCCACAAAGGAGUUUUAAAUCUAACAAAUGUGCGAACCAGCCAAGGAGGCAUUUAUACAUGCACGGUGCUCAAUGAAAAGACUAAAGAAAAACGCCAAAAGAGCACAAAUUUAAAUGUUUAUGAGACACCAUCAGGCAACCCGAUGUGCUCUGUGGGCUCCGUGAGCAACGUCAACCUGCAGUAUCACUGUCAGUGGCCAGGGGGAACCCCACAGGCCAUGCUGUCUUUCCCAGAACUGAGCAACACUAGCAGUGGGACCGGAAACUUCAGCCUAACUGUCCCAGCCUCUGAUAACCUCAAUAGGCAAACUGUCACAUGUUUGGCAGACCACCCAGUUGAACAGAAAAAUUGCAGUAUUACUGCAAGUAGUCCAGCACAGUUCCUCUCAGCUGUGAGAACCACACAUGACUCUGAGGGCAAAAUAGUGGUCACUAUCUACUGUGUCAGUGAUGCCUCGCCUAAAGCUGUUGUAUCCUGGUCCAGAGACAGCGGGGCCAUCACCAGCGGGACUGCUUACCAGAUCAGCAGUGACACCACACAGCUCAUGAUGGUUGAUUACAAUGUCAGCAACUUUCUCCUCCAAAACUACACAUGUACCUGUCGCAACCCACUGGGCAGCCAGAGCAGGGAAAUACAGUUACAAGGGCCGUCGGUCUCAAAUUCCAUUUUGUUCCCUAAUCAAGAUGGAACCGUCGUCACACUGACCUGGGAGAUCCCACCUACCUCUAUUGUUACAGGGUUUGACAUUCAGAUGAAAGGACCAGACCUCCUGAGCACAAAUCAUACUGGCAUCCAAACAAGGGGCAGUUCAGACGGAUAUCGCACCAUCCAGCAGAAACCUGGCUCUGCUCGGAGUACGGACAUCUUUGGCCUCGAGCCCAAACUGACAUACCAGUUUCGGGUCAUUCCCAGAGCUAAUAUGACUGAAGGAGUGCCAUCUGUGGUCCACAUAGUCGGUCCAGGAGAAGGGCUGAGCAGCGCUGCCAUAGCUGGCAUUGCAGCUGGAAUCCCAUGCAGUCUCCUCUUCCUGCUCCUGCUGGGUGGCCUCAUCUUCCUCUGUGUCUACUGCAACAGAAAGAAAAGCCGACAGAGAAGAUAUCCAGUGUCCAAAGCAGUUGAGAAGGCAAUAACAAUCCAGUCAGCUACAGCUCCUCAUAACCUGCUGACAGGAGGGAUGAAGUCACCCACUGACUACAACCGAUUACAGCAGACUCGCUCUGAAAGGCCAGUAUCUCUCCCCAUGUUUGUUCCUCCAGAGCCUGUCAGAGUUGCUACAAUUGUCUAAACUCCAAAGUUUUUGAUGGGUAUACUAAUUUUGUGUAG